ACAACCACAGCUGCUCCAACCACAACCACAGCUGCUCCAACCACAACCACAACUGCUCCAACCACAACCACAGCGGCUCCAACCACAACAAUAGUAGCUACAACUACAACCACAGCUGCUCCAACCACAACAACAGCUGCUCCAACCACAACCACAGCAGCUACAACCACAACCACAGCUCCUCCAACAACAACCACAGCUGCUCCAACCACAACCACAGCAGCUCCAACCACAACCACAGCUGCUCCAACCACAACCACAGCUGCUCCAACAACAAUCACAGCUGCUCCAACCACAACCACAGCUGCUCCAACCACAACCACAGCUGCUCCAACCACAACCACAACUGCUCCAACCACAACCACAGCGGCUCCAACCACAACAAUAGUAGCUACAACUACAACCACAGCUGCUCCAACCACAACAACAGCUGCUCCAACCACAACCACAGCAGCUACAACCACAACCACAGCUCCUCCAACAACAACCACAGCUGCUCCAACCACAACCACAGCAGCUACAACCACAACCACAGCGACUCCAACAACAACCACAGCUGCUCCAACGACAACCACAGCUGCUCCAACU